CGUCAAAACGAGCUCCUGUGUACAAAAUGGGUCUUUAAUUCGCUCCUCGUGAGCGAGAUGUGACGCGAGUCACGUGCCGCUUCCAGUCAGCUGAAGUCAGGAGGAAGUAGCUCCAAGCUAACGUGGCUAACUAGCCUGCUAAUACCAACAUUUGUCUGUCUCAUCUUUUAUUGACACUCUUUUUUCUGUCUUUCCUUUUUUAGAGUGCUGGUCGUAGUUUUGUACAUAAGUCCGUGGACUGAGCUAGUUAUAAGUGGUGUGGAAAGAGGCGCUCUUGGUAACUUCUUAGCUUGGGAGCUAACAGUCAGUUGUUUUGGUCCUGGACAUAUUUGACAGCCAAAGGAAAUUAUUUAUUUUUGUCUUUUUUUUCGUGGUUUGUGAACGUUAAAGCUACUGCGGUUGUUUCAUGAAGGUACCACCGUGACUAGCGGCCACUCAGUGGAGCCCUCGCCCGACGAGCCUCCCCUCACUCCCGGCUCGGAACCACCGGGGUGCUCCGCUGUGAGCCAAGAUGCACGACGCUUACGAGCCGGUGCCGAUUUUGGAGAAGCUUCCUCUCCAGAUUGACUGCAUGGCGGCCUGGGAGGACUGGCUGCUUGUCGGAACCAAGCCCGGGCAUCUCCUUUUGUACCGGAUUAAAAAGGAUGCAGCCACCAACCACUUUGAAGUCACGCUUGAGAAAUCCAACAAGAACUUUUCCAAGAAGAUCCAGCAGCUCUACGUUGUCUCGCAGUACAAAAUACUCGUCAGUCUUCUGGAGAACAACAUCCACGUCCACGACCUGCUGACGUUCCAGCAGAUCACCGUGGUGUCCAAAGCCAAGGGAGCCACGCUCUUUGUAUGCGACCUGCAGCAAAGCAGCUCGGGAGAGGAGACGCUUAGAAUGUGCGUCGCCGUGAAAAAGAAACUUCAGAUGUACUACUGGAAGGAUCGAGAUUUCCACGAGCUGCAGGGCGACUUUGGCACUCCAGAUAUUCCAAAGUCCAUGGCCUGGUGUGAGAACUCCAUUUGUGUUGGCUUCAAAAGAGACUAUUACCUCAUCCGGCUGGACGGGCGCGGCACCAUGAAGGAGCUCUUUCCUACCGGCAAACAGCUGGAGCCGCUUGUCACCCCGCUGGCCGACGGCAAGGUCGCCGUCGGGCAAGACGACCUCACUGUGGUGCUGAAUGAGGAGGGCAUUUGCACCCAGAAGUGUGCCCUGAAUUGGACUGACAUCCCCAUAGCUAUGGAGCACCAGCCUCCGUACAUCAUCGCGGUGCUUCCUCGCUACGUGGAGAUCCGGACCUUGGAGCCCCGGCUUCUGGUGCAGAGCGUGGAGCUGCAGAGGCCUCGUUUCAUCACGUCCGCCGGACCAAAUGUUGUGUACGUGGCCAGCAACCAUUUUGUGUGGCGCCUGGUACCCGUGUCCAUCGCCACACAGAUCCGGCAGCUGCUGGAGGACAAGCAGUUUGAGCUGGCUCUUCAGCUGGCAAUGAAAGACGACUCGGACGGUGACAAGAAACAGCAGAUCCAUCACAUCCAGAACCUGUACGCCUUCAAUCUGUUUUGCCAGAAGCGAUUUGACGACUCCAUGCAGGUUUUCGCCAAACUGGGCACAGAUCCCACCCACGUGAUCGGCCUGUACCCGGACCUGCUGCCAUCCGAUUACCGCAGGCAGCUGCACUACCCCAACCCUCUGCCAGCGCUGUCCGGAGCGGAGUUGGAGAAGGCUCACCUGGCACUCAUCGAUUACCUCACCCAGAAACGCAGCCACCUGGUGAAACAGCUCAACGACUCGGACCCGUCCACCACAUCGCCGCUCAUGGAGGGCACGCCCACCAUCAAGAGCCGCAAGAAGCUGCUGCAGAUCAUCGACACCACGCUGCUGAAGUGCUACCUGCACACCAACGUGGCUUUGGUGUCACCCCUCCUGCGCCUGGAGAACAACCACUGCCACAUCGAAGAGAGCGAGUACAUCUUAAAGAAGGCGCACAAGUACAGCGAGCUCAUUAUUCUCUAUGAAAAGAAAGGCCUGCACCAGAAAGCUCUGCAAGUUCUGCUGGACCAGUCCACCAAGGCCAACUCCCCUCUCAAGGGCCACGAACGCACCGUGCAGUACCUUCAGAGGCUGGGAGUUGAGAAUCUGGGCAUGAUCUUUGAGUUCGCUCCCUGGGUGUUGAAGAUGUGUCCCGAAGAUGGGCUGAAGAUCUUCACCGAGGACCUGACCGAGGUGGAGACGUUGCCACGGGACAAGGUGCUCAACUUCCUGAAGGAGGGCUUCAAGGAGCUGGCCAUCCCGUACUUGGAGCACAUCAUCUACGUGUGGGACGACAAGGGUCCCGAGUUUCACAACACCCUCAUUCAGCUCUACCUGGAACGGGUUCAAAGCCUGAUGAAGCAGUACCUCAUCUCGCUGCCGGAAGGAGUUGUGGCUGUGGCGGCGGGGACGGAGAAAGGUGAGCUGGGAGAGUUCCGGAACAAGCUGCUGUCCUUUCUGGAUAUUUCCAGCAGUUACGAGCCAGCGCGACUCAUUAGCGACUUCCCCUUUGAUGGUCUGCUGGAGGAACGAGCACUGCUCCUGGGACGCAUGGGAAAGCAUGAGCAGGCGCUUUUCAUCUAUGUGCACAUCCUGAAGGACACGCGCAUGGCUGAGGAAUACUGUCACAGCCAUUACAGCAGCUCUGUGGAAACUGAUAAAGACGUGUAUCUGUCCCUGCUGAGGAUGUACCUGUCCCCCCCGGACGCGCACUGCCUGGGGCCCAUCAAGAUGGAGCUGUCGGAGCCCCAGGCCAACCUCCAGGCUGCCCUGCAGGUCCUGGAGCUGCACCACAGCAAGCUCAACACCACCAAGGCCAUCAACCUGCUGCCGGCCAACACACAGAUCCGCGAGAUCAGAGUCUUCCUGGAGAGCGUCCUGGAGGAGAAGGCUCAGAGGAAACGCUGCAACCAGGUGCUCAAGAGUCUACUGCAGGCGGAGUUCCUCAGGGUGCAGGAGGAGCGCAUCUUCCACCAGCAGGUCAAAUGUGUCAUCACGGAGGAGAAGACGUGCAGAGUGUGCAAGAAGAAGAUCGGAAACAGUGCGUUUGCCAGAUAUUCCAACGGCGUGGUGGUGCACUACUUCUGCUGCAAAGACCGCAACGCAUGUCCCACCGAAUAACACCGCCCGCUACACCCUCCCGUUUCACUAUAACUUGGAAAUAAAAUCUAAUUCAUUUCCCGCUGCCACCCCCCCCUGAAGACACUCCUGGAAUUAUGGGAGAACUUUACAAGCACUCAGAACGAAGACGCGGUGGCCUUUUUUUUUAAUUUUUAAGCUGACAUUUGUAGCCAUAGAACAAGAGGAAGGGGCGAGGAUUGUGACUUAAAAUGGACGCCAAGGACAUGAUCGAGGACGCUCGACUGUUAAUGCCUUUUUCUGACUCAAGAUUGUACACAAGGCUGUUCGUUUUUUGCCAGCAUGAAGAAUCACCUUUGAAGUGUUUUACGUUUUGAUCCUGUUCCUGUUUUUUUUUUUUUUGCCCGUCAUGUUCACCUUCAAUCACAAAUUGUAAAUUGUUUUUCCCCCCGCGAAGGAAAACCAACGGCAGGAUCGCUCAAGUGCAGCACUUUAAAACGUUUAUUUAUUGCUUGGAGGAAGGUACUUGGAAUUUGAAUGGCAAAUGUUUAAUUUGUGCAUUUAAGUGUGAUUGUUAUUUAAAACAAACACAAAAAAACCCACACUGUUACGAGCUAUGAAUGUCUGAUUGACUUGUUUGGACCGCCUCACCGCAUCUGACACGCCUACUGUAAAUGUUUACACACUUUUGUAACUUCUUUUCAAGUGUGUUUGUCUGGCUUUCAUUUCUAAUAAACAUUUUGCAGCAGGAUGUUUGACUGUUAUCCUCCAGACUCAAUAAAGUAACAGCAAAUCCAUUGCAUAAA